UGAAGAGUGGUGUGUCUGUCCUUGUCCAUGUUUCAUGGCGAGUGAGAUGGAAACACAAUGUGAAAUAAGACGGAGUGUGUGUGAAAACGAACGAAGUUGGUCGCGCGCGGGAAUCGGUCGUUUGUGUGUUUGAUCAUUUUUGUGCUCUUGUGUGAUUUAUAUCUGGGAGGCAUCGCAUUUUAUAAUUGUCGAUGCGGAACGAGUGUUUUUUUUUUAACGACCGUGAAAAGGAAGUUUGUGUGUGUGUGCCAGUUUUGAAAAAACGUUUGUGUGUGAAAAAAAAUCAUUCAUAAUGGCAACUCUAGCCGAUCAAGCUUCAAAGUUGUUGGACUUUAACCAGAAGUUGGACAUAACGCUUCUCGACAAUAUUGUAGGAUGUAUGUACACUGGAAUAGGUGAGCAACAACGAGUUGCACAGGACGUUCUGACAACGCUCAAGGAACAUCCUGAUGCCUGGACACGAGUGGAUACCAUUUUAGAAUAUUCACAGAAUCAACAAACGAAAUAUUACGCAUUACAAAUAUUGGAGCAAGUUAUAAAGACAAGAUGGAAAGUUUUGCCGAGAAAUCAAUGCGAGGGUAUAAAAAAAUAUAUUGUAGGUUUGAUUAUCAAAACAAGCAGCGAUCCUGAAACAAUGGAGGCCUCAAAAGUCUAUCUCAACAAAUUAAACAUGAUUCUCGUACAGGUACUAAAGCGAGAAUGGCCAAAGAAUUGGGAAUCAUUUAUUGGCGAUAUUGUCGGUGCAAGUAAAACCAAUGAGAGUCUCUGUCAAAAUAAUAUGGCCAUUUUGAAAUUAUUAUCCGAGGAAGUAUUUGAUUUUUCAAGUGGGCAAAUAACGCAAACAAAAGCAAAACACUUGAAGGAUACAAUGUGCAGUGAAUUCUCGCAAAUUUUUCAACUCUGUCAAUUUGUCAUGGACAAUUCGCAAAACGUUCCUCUGGUUGCCGUCACACUCGAGACGCUACUUCGAUUUCUAAAUUGGAUUCCUCUCGGUUAUAUUUUCGAGACGAAACUAAUCACCACUCUGAUAUUUAAAUUUUUAAACGUUCCAAUAUUCAGAAACGUGACAUUAAAAUGUUUGACCGAAAUCGCAGGCGUCACUGUGACAAAUUACGAUGACAUGUUUAUUGUUCUUUUUGCCAAUACAAUGUCACAAUUGGAGCAAAUGUUACCAUUGGAUACAAAAAUACGCGAUGCCUAUGCAAUGGGUCAGGAUCAGGAUCAAAAUUUUAUACAAAAUUUGGCAAUGUUCUUGUGCACCUAUUUAAAGGAACAUGGCCAAUUGGUUGAAAAGAAACAAAUGAAUGAAACAUUAUCGAAGGCAUUACAUUAUCUUGUUUUAAUAUCCGAUGUUGAGGAGGUGGAAAUUUUUAAAAUAUGCCUCGAAUAUUGGAAUGGAUUGGCCGCCGAUCUUUAUCGUGAAAAUCCAUUUAUGUCAACAUCGCCAUUAUUUUUAACAAAAAAUAAUGUCGCAAUACCACCAAGGAGAUUAUUUUAUUGUCCUGUAUUAACUAAAGUACGUUAUAUUAUGAUUAGUCGAAUGGCAAAACCAGAGGAGGUGCUCGUUGUUGAAAAUGAAAAUGGCGAAGUUGUUAGGGAAUUUAUGAAGGACACGGAUUCAAUAAAUUUGUAUAAAAAUAUGAGGGAGACACUUGUUUAUCUCACUCAUCUUGAUUAUGUUGACACUGAACGUGUUAUGACAGAGAAAUUACAAAAUCAAGUCAAUGGCACCGAAUGGUCUUGGAAAAAUCUCAAUACGUUGUGUUGGGCGAUAGGAAGUAUUUCGGGUGCAAUGCACGAGGAGGAUGAGAAACGCUUUCUUGUGACUGUAAUAAAGGACUUGCUUGGCUUAUGUGAGCAGAAAAAGGGCAAGGACAACAAGGCCAUUAUCGCCAGUAAUAUUAUGUAUGUCGUAGGACAAUAUCCACGUUUUCUUCGCGCUCAUUGGAAAUUUUUGAAAACCGUUGUGAAUAAAUUAUUCGAAUUCAUGCACGAAACACAUGAGGGAGUACAGGACAUGGCAUGCGAUACUUUUAUUAAAAUUGCUCUGAAAUGUAGACGACAUUUUGUAACGUUGCAAAUUGGCGAGGCUGUGCCCUUUAUAGAAGAAAUUUUAUCUACCAUUAGCAGUAUCAUUUGUGAUCUCCAAACACAACAGGUUCAUACAUUUUAUGAAGCUGUUGGUUACAUGAUUAAUGCCCAAGUUGACACGGUAGUGCAGGACCAUUUGAUUGAAAAGUACAUGCUAUUGCCGAAUCAAGUGUGGGACGACAUUAUAAGUCAAGCCUCCAAGAAUGUGGACAUAUUGAAAGAUCAGGAGGCAGUGAAGCAGCUCGCCAGUAUCCUUAAAACAAAUGUCCGUGCGUGUAAAGCACUUGGACAUCCGUACGUGAUGCAAUUAGGACGAAUAUAUUUAGAUAUGUUGAAUGUUUAUAAGGUGAUGAGUGAGAAUAUUAGCACUGCCAUUGCAGCAAACGGAGAAAUUGUAACUAAACAACCAUUAAUCAAGAGUAUGAGAGUUGUCAAGAAAGAAACUCUUAAAUUAAUAUCAGACUGGGUUAGCAGAACGAAUGAACAUCAAAUGGUGCUGGAUAAUUUUAUUCCCCAUUUAUUGGACGCUGUAUUGAUAGAUUAUCAAAAAACAAAUGUUGCAUGCGCUCGUGAACCUGAAGUUUUAAGUGCAAUGGCGACAAUUGUUAAUAAACUUGAGGGCUAUAUUACCAGUGAAGUACCGAAAAUAUUUGACGCUGUGUUUGAGUGCACCUUAGAAAUGAUCAACAAAGACUUCGAGGUAUAUCCCGAGCACAGAACAAAUUUCUUCUUCCUGUUACAGGCAGUGAAUGUCCAUUGUUUCCCUGCUUUUCUGUCGAUUCCUCCGGCGCAGUUCAAACUAGUCCUGGAUUCAAUUAUUUGGGCCUUCAAACACACUAUGAGAAAUGUUGCUGACACUGGCCUCAAUAUUCUUCAUCAGCUUCUGCAAAACAUCGAGCAACACGAUCAAGCAGCGCAGAGUUUUUAUCACACAUACUUUACGGAUAUUCUUCAGCAUAUUUUCAGUGUCGUUACAGAUACAUCUCACACUGCUGGACUUACAAUGCAUGCAACUAUUUUGGCGUACAUGUUUUCACUUGUGGAAUCCGGAAGAAUUCAGAUACCAUUGGGUCCCAUUCCUGACAACACACUCUACAUUCAAGAUUUCGUAGCAAGGUUACUAAGGACAGCGUUUCCACAUUUGACGGACAAUCAAAUUAAAAUCACUGUUCAAGGAUUGUUUAAUCUCAACCAAGACAUCCCAGCCUUUAAAGAGCAUUUAAGAGAUUUCCUCGUUCAAAUUAGAGAAUACACUGGUGAGGAUGAUUCCGAUCUUUAUUUGGAGGAACGAGAGACGGCAUUGCGAAUAGCCCAGGAGGAAAAGAGACAGCAACAAAUGUCAGUGCCUGGAAUUUUGAAUCCACACGAAAUGCCGGAAGAGAUGCAGGACUGAAUUAAUCAUGACCAUCCAGCCAAACCAGCCAAUUUUCUCAUCACAACACACAUUCUGAAACGAGAAAUGCUUUGCCGUAGGUACUAUCGUAUCCUCCACCAAACACCUCCUCCUCCUUCUCCUUCCCUCCCCUUUUCAAAUUCCAUCAAAUCCUUUAUAAAUUAUCUCCAUCCACAACAAUUGCAAAAAAAAAACCUUUAUUAGAUUUAAAAAUGAAAAGAAAAAGAGAAAAAAAAAUAAAUAAUGAAAAUUAAAACAGUGCUGGUCGCUAAUGCCUUCUAAUUUGACUAAAUUCAACAAAAGAAAGGGUAAUUGAAAAAAAAAAUUAUCACAAAAAUACUGAAUUUCCUUUAAAAUUAAUCAGAGAAAGAAAUACGAAGCCACUAAUAUCCAGCACUGUACUUUUAAAACCGACGAGUGUAAAAUACUGCGCCCUUGUUACGGAGAUAAAAGAAAAAAAAACCCAAACUGCGGUGUCUGUUUGUUUGUCUGUUAUAGGAUUUUUAAAUGAAACGAAGUUUUUUGUUGUCGAUUAAAUGCGAAAAACACCUGCUUGGCGAUGCUAUUUCUUGUACUUUUUUUUUUUUGACUUUAAUAAUUCUCGUAAAGAGUCCACACGAGGACGUCAAUCCGUCAAAAAAAGAAAAAUCCCAAAGUUUACGGAAUUUUAGGCUGUUGUAAUUAUUAUUAUUAUUUUUUUUAAUAGUUUUUUUUUGUUUGCAAAAGAUUUAAAAAGAAGAAAAAAUUUGAGAGAUUGAUAGAAAUUUUCGAAUGUGUCUGAUAUGUACAAAAAAAAAUAAAUAAAUGAGAACCGAGAGAAAUUUUUUUUUAUUUUUUUAAGUGAAAAUGUUUUGUUACAUCGAAUAGAGAAGCGAACGAAUAAAUAUAGAAAAUUGCAGAGAAAAAUUGUUUUUAUUUUAUAAUUUUCUUUUUUCAUUCUCAUAAUUAUUACUUAUUAUUAUUAUUAUUUUUAGUAUUAAUAUUGUCUUGCUUCUAAUUUAGCUCUUUAUUCUUUGUACUUGAGAGACGUCCUCUUAAUUUUAAAAAAUAAAUUUUUUUCCGAAGCAAAAAAAAAUAAAUAAACGAGAAACAUUUUGGAAUAAAGAGCAUAAUUGUGUGUGUUAUCAAUUCAUUAAAAAAGAAAGGAAUAAAGUUUUAAAUUUAAAAGUUUCUUUUGUACUUUUUGAUUAGAAAGUAUACUCUCUGAGUUUUGUUGAUAAAAAAAAAAUAGAAAAACAGAUUUCGUAUUUAAAUGAAUGAAAAAAGAGAGAGAAAAGAAUGUUGCAUUAAAUAGAAUCGCCGCAGCAGAAUUUUAAAAACGAUAUAUAAAUAUGCUAGAUGAAUAUGUGUGUUUUUAUCUGAGUGAAGCUGUAUUAUAUACUAUUAAUUGCUAUUAUAAAUCAAUUGCGAAUCUUGAAUUUGGCAAUUUGUAAAUUAAAUAUGAUGAUAAAAUAA